CGUCGUCAUUGUGCUGCGCCGAGCGCGAACGCGAGUGCUACCAAGUGAUCCUACUAGUCCACAACUUUUAUAUUUUUCUACUUUUAUAUCUGAUAUUUGUAUAGUUUGUUUAUUUUAUUACUUAGAAGUUAUAUUUUCUCAUCGUUUUAUACGCUUCUGAUCACGUACCUUAAUUUCUGAAAGAAAGAAACCAAACGGAACGCUGUAAAAAUUCAUCAUAGAGAGAAAAACAAAUAAAUGUUUUAUUAAAGUCCCACGCGAGCGAUACAAACGAAUCCAGAAUCCUCACACAAUGCAUAUAGAAGUACAAGUAGCUUUGAACUUCGUAAUAUCGUACCUGUACAACAAACUUCCGAGACGACGAGUGAACAUAUUCGGAGAAGAGUUAGAAAAAGCUUUAAAAGACAAAUUCCAAGGUCACUGGUACCCCGACAAGCCCUUCAAGGGUUCGGCCUUCCGCUGCCUCAAGACCGGCGACCCCAUCGACAAGGUGCUCGAGCGGGCGGCGCGCGAGAGCGGCGUGCCCAUCCAGGACAUCCUGGAGAACCUGCCGCAGGAGCUCGCCGUCUGGGUGGACCCGGGGGAGGUCAGCUACCGCAUCGGCGAAAAGGGCGCCGUUAAGGUGCUGUUCAGCGACAAGAGUGACCCGCAGGACGAGAACUCGGCCGACCGAGAGGUGACCAAGACCUUCAACCCGGAGGCGCAGUGCUUCAGGCCGAUCGAGUCGGUCAGCUGCAGCCUCAGCAACCUGAGUCUUUCGCCCAAGUCGAUCACGCCCUUCGCGGCCACCGCGCAACCGGCGGCGGUGGGGGCGCAGCUGGCGGCGGCGCCGGUGGCGCAGCCCAACACCACCAUCAACAGCACCAUCAACCACUUGGCUUCGCCCUCGGCGGCACCCUCGCCCACCUCGCUGGGCAACUCCUACAAGGGCUCGCCGUCGCCGGUGCCCGCUUUCAUCCCCAGGACCACCACGCCACUCACCUUCACGACGGCCACAUUUGCUCAAACCAAGUUCGGAAGCACCAAACUCAAGACGAGCAGCAAAAGAGCCAAUCGAAUGUCUCCAACCGAAUUCUCCAAUUACAUCAAGCAGCGCGCCAUGCAGCAGCAGCUCCACCAGCAGCCCCCUCACCACUCGCCCAGCGGUCGCGCCCUCUCGCCCGACCCCUCAGCCUACUACUUCCCGCACGGCCCCUACGGCCCCCAGUUCCCCCAUCGUUCCAUGUUCGAGUCUUCCAACCAGUUCCUCAGCCCUGACCUGUACUCGGGCAAGCUGCCCUUCGAGCACACGCCCCUCGGUCCCUACUACCCCAGCAACGGGGCCGUGGGCGCGCCGCCCUCCGCCCCCGCCACGCCGCAGGACAGUGGCAAGCUGAUCGACAGCAACUGGCCCUACCCCACCACCGGCCAGUACCAGCACCUCCUGGUGGCCAACUGAGGGUCCUCCUAGGUGCGCCAAACGCUUUCUCGGUCGGUUACCUGCAGUUACUUAAGCGCUUGCGCGCCGCGCCGGCUCGUCUGCGCGGUGCGCGACCGCUGACCCACACAUGUCUAGUAAUAAUCAUAAAUUAUUAUCUUAUAUAUUAUAAGAGAGAUCCCAGCUUGAUACUUGAUAGAUUUUUUUAUAAAUCGUAGUCAUACUAGAGUAGAUGUUUCUUACUUUAUAUAAAUGGUGUUUACAGUAUUCUUGUAGAUUAGAGUGUUUUCUAAAUUUUUUAUAUUGUAUGUAUUUUUUUAUUUUUGUAUGAAAAGCUCAAGCUGACAUCUAGUCCCAGAAAAUUCAUGUAUAUGUAUUCAAUAAGUGUUGGCAUAUCAUGUCGGGUCCUACAAACCAGUUCUUUUGUUCGUGCUCGUUUCAAGCACCCUUCACUUGACCAAAGUCCCUACUGCGGCGCGCGGCCGGCUUCGGACCGAGGAAAGCUGGCGCCCGACCGGACCCAACGACCGCAACAUUUCGAAUUAUUCGACGAUUCUCGGUCUGGUAAGCGGCGUCUUUCGCGAGCCGGCACCACGCGGGAGCCCAACAAACGCAAUAAUGUGAUCUGUUUUAACCAAAUUCUAUUUGUGAUACAUAACGAUAACGGAUGCGGGAAUGUGACGCGGGUCGUCGUGUGAAGCGUGCUUUAGUGUCCGUUCAGUAUUGCAUGCUGCAACCCAAGUUCGAUGUGGGUCCUAGAUGCUUCCUUUUAUUCUCAAAUUUUUAAAGAGAUGAAUUGUUACUAUUUUGUACUGCUUGUUUUUAUUUGUGUUUUUUUUUAUUUUCCACUGAUGUUUUAUUUUUAUUUGUAUAAAUUGUUGAAGUUAAUGAUAAUAUAUAUUUUGUUAUGA